AUGCAUACCCCUCUUGUUGCCUGGAUUGCCAACUAUCCUGAACAGCUUCUGAUUGCUUGUGUCUCAGCAAAGAAUUCCCCCAUUUCACUAGCAAUGGCAGAACAGUUCGGAGAUGCUGCCACUGCAUGUGAUCCAUGCAAUAUUGUUGCAUUUCACAAGGCUUGUCUUGCCCUCCAUCUAAAUGGUGUCAUGGAGCCAUUCUGGAAAGAUUGGGGGGAUACAUGUCCCUCCCACUUUCUCACCCCCAAUGCCCUGCACCAGUGGCACAAGUUCUAUUUUGACCAUUGUGUACACUGGGUAAUCAAUAUCAUAGGGGCUGCCCUGCAGCCAAGGAUAGGGACUAGGCAUUGGUGCACUGGUCAAGAACACCAUGAACUGGAGAAAUUGCUUCCUGCUGUGGCAGCAGGGGCAUUGCCUGAUGAUGUGCUUUGUGCCUUGCACACCAUCACCAAGUUCAUCUUUCUUGCCCAAGGUAUCUCCCAUUAUGACAAAACCAUUCAUAGUCUCAGUGAAGCCCAUUCCACCAUUACAAAUCCAGCAUUCUCAGGGCACAUGGCCAUCUCAGGAAGAAUGGCCCCCUUGACCACUUUCAGAUACCAAAACAUUUGUCAGAUGGGUGCCCCUUAUCAACAGAGCAGCAACAUCACUGAACAUUGCCACAUAACUCAUGUCAAGGCACCCUACCAUUUAUCAAAUUGCUGA